UAAUUCUCGUCCAACUUGUAAUUCCUUGACGUAACUGUUUGGUCGGACAUUUUCACAAUGGUCGUUAAAACAUGAGCCAGCUCGAGGGCAUCUUUUGACGGCUGUUGGUUCGACGCGGUAAGAACGUAACCAGGCGAUUGAUUGCUGAUGGCAAGCCAUUUUCAAGGAUGUUAGACGCAUUGACAAUGUGCCAAGGGUUAAACCAUGUUCAUCGCGAAGAAGCAAUGUGUUGACUUGGCCAGCAGGUAAUAGUGUAAGUGUGUUGGCACUAUUGACGGUACAAGUCAAUCCUGUCGUCCCUCUUAAACAGCUUUCAGUUUGAGUUGUGAUUGAAAUUACUGCCAUAGUCGGAAUUAUGAUUGCCGUGAUGCUUGCUGCAAUAAAUAAGAUGGUUGAAAAUUUCUUCCUCAAUUGGUGUCCUGGACGAUGUAUGUUUCUUAGUCGGUGGUAUAAUUUCCUCUCGGCGGAAUUUAUUUGUCGUUUCCAGGCUUCUUUGUCUUUCUUGCAAAUUUUGUUGAACAUCCAAAAGAAAGGAUAACUUAUUGUUGUUAAACUAUUGACGAUUAACUUGACGAUGAUGCGCAUUGAACUGAAGACGGUGAUGAAGCAACCAAAUAAACUGCUGAAGGCAAAGAUUCCUAAUAAGAGCAGGAACGUAGCCCAUUUGACGUUGCAAGUUGGAUUGGCGAGUUGUUCGAGACAAAAGUAGCAGUCGAUUAGGUCACAUUCAUUUACGGCUGGGCAAUUAAUCUUCUUUGUUAUACUGUUGACGGAAUUUUGCCAGAACCAUGCUUCGCAUUCAUAGU